CAUGUCACAGUCGGCAUCACUUCCAAUUCCACUUGGUGCCGUUUCGCUCGCGCAGCGCGCACUUGACAGAGUGACUUGACAGUCAGAGGCGGGCCCUAAUGCAGGAGGAGGCAGGCCGGUGUUUUUCCACUGCCGCGGAUGUCUCAUGUCCCCCCUGUUCCGAGAGACAAAGGUCAGAAAGAGAGGCUUAUAAACACUCUAAAAUAUAGUCCACCGACGCGUCCAGCCCUCAGUCGCUCUCACGGACACAGGAGGACACGGACAAGACGAACCGUGCAAGGGACCACGCUCAAAGGACAUUAAAAGGACAAAAUAAUAUACAAUAUUACAUCUACAAAGCAGAAUGGCUCAAAAAGAGAAACUUCAGUGCCUGAAGGAUUUCCAUAAGGACACUCUGAAGCCGUCUCCUGGUAAAAGCCCCGGCACCCGGCCUGAAGACGAGGCAGAGGGCAAACAUCCCCAGCGGGAGAAGUGGGCCAGCAAGUUGGACUUUGUUCUGUCUGUAGCUGGCGGCUUUGUUGGUUUAGGGAACGUCUGGCGUUUCCCGUACCUCUGCUACAAGAAUGGUGGAGGUGCAUUUCUCAUUCCCUACUUCAUUUUCCUGUUUGGCGGAGGUCUGCCGGUCUUCUUCCUGGAGGUUGCUCUGGGUCAGUUCACCUCUGAGGGGGGCAUCACCUGCUGGGAGAAGCUCUGCCCCAUCUUUACUGGUAUUGGUUACGCCUCAGUUGUGAUCGUGUCCCUGCUCAAUAUCUACUACAUUGUCAUCCUGGCCUGGGGCCUCUACUACCUGUUCCAGUGUUUUCAGCCGGAGCUGCCCUGGGCCAAGUGCAAUCAGUCCUGGAACACCGAUCGCUGCAUUGAAGACACCUACCGCAAGAACAAAUCCCUAUGGCUGGCCGCCAACGCCACCAACUUCACCUCCCCUGUCACCGAGUUCUGGGAACAUAAUGUGCUGGGUAUUACCAGUGGUAUAGAGGAUAUUGGUCCUGUUAAAUGGGACCUCGCUCUGUGUUUACUGCUCGUCUGGGUCAUCUGCUUCUUCUGCAUCUGGAAGGGAGUCAAGUCCACUGGCAAGGUGGUCUACAUUACAGCCACGUUCCCAUUUGUCAUGCUCAUCGUGCUGUUGAUUCGCGGAGUAACGCUCCCCGGUGCUUCUGCGGGCAUCAAGUUCUACCUGUACCCUGACCUCGCUCGUCUGAAGGACCCAGAGGUGUGGAUUGAUGCCGGCACCCAGAUCUUCUUCUCCUAUGCCAUCUGUUUGGGCGCCAUGACAUCUUUGGGGAGCUACAACAAGUACAAAUACAAUUGCUACAGGGACUGUUUGCUGCUGGGAGCCCUCAACAGUGGUACCAGUUUUGUGUCUGGCUUCGCAAUAUUUUCCGUCCUGGGCUUCAUGGCACAAGAGCAAGGGGUGGACAUUGCUGAUGUGGCAGAGUCAGGCCCAGGCCUGGCGUUCAUUGCCUACCCUAAAGCUGUUUCCAUGAUGCCUUUUCCUACAGUCUGGGCAAUUCUCUUCUUCAUUAUGCUGCUAUUGCUUGGCCUCGACAGUCAGUUUGUGGAGGUGGAAGGGCAGAUCACAUCACUGGUGGAUCUGUAUCCGUCCUUCCUAAGGAAGGGUUACCGCAGAGAGACCUUCAUCGCUAUCAUCUGUUGCAUCAGCUACCUGCUUGGACUUACCAUGGUUACCAAGGGUGGCAUGUAUGUUUUCCAGCUCUUUGAUUACUAUGCAGCUAGCGGUGUGUGCCUUCUGUGGGUGGCAUUCUUUGAAUGUAUAGCUGUUGCCUGGGUUUAUGGCGUUGAUAAUUUCUAUGAUGCACUUGAGGACAUGCUUGGCUACAGACCAAAUCGUUGGAUGAAAUGGAGCUGGAGUUACAUCACUCCUUUACUGUGCAUGGGCUGCUUCAUCUUCUCUUUGGUCAAAUACAAGCCGCUGACGUACAACAAGGUCUACGAGUACCCGGACUGGGCCAUCGGGAUCGGCUGGACCCUGGCCCUGUCCUCCAUGAUCUGCAUCCCCAUGGUGGUCGUCAUCAAGAUCAUCCGAUCUGACGGGCCGCUCAUUGAGAGGAUCAAGGCGGUGGCUGCCCCGGUUCGUGGCGGGGCCAGCUCCCGUCCUGCAGACCACCGUGGCCUCAAGGAGCUGUCCUACCCGCUGGACCCCAACGGGAACAAGGGCCUGCUGAUGAAGGCCCCCACCCACACCAUUGUAGAAACCAUGAUGUAAAGGAAUGAGGCGGAGGCUCUCCAUGAGAUCGCUCUCCUCUCCUCUCCUCUCCCGUCCUCUCAGAUGCUUCUAAAGCUAGCUAGUUUUCUGUCUAUCUGUCUGUCUGUCUGGUGGACCGAUAAGGGUUUUAAGGAAAAAAAAUAGGUUCCAGUUUCAAAUAUUGUAGGAAUACUAUGGAAGUAGUUUGCUCUUGAUGGGUUUUCUUAAUCACAUUUCAAAUCUUUUUCUGAAUGACUGGUGCUGGUCCUUUUCCCCUCCUAUUUGUAACAUCCAUGUGAGACAUGUCCCACUAAUGUCUCAUAUAAAGGCCCAGUGGCACAUUCACACCAGCCUCUGGUCAUCCGCUGGUACAUAUCUAUGUUUUGUUACACCGGCUACUUUUACAGAAAACCAGCCAUUGUUCUGAAAAAAAAGAAGAAAAAAAAAAAAAAGAAGAAGGAAGAAGUGGUUAUUGAGUCUUGGAAUCAAACAGCCUUUUGUGGCCACAAAAUAGAGAAAAAAAAACGUUUCUGACAUCGAUCGCGGAUCACCAGUUUUCGAGUAUAACAGCUCUUUGUCUGUUUCGGUGAACACGGAGCUCUCAUCUGAGCACGUGCACCGUAGGGUUCAACUUUGGCUUUUUCUGUUCCUAGGCCUGGUUGAGGUGAUGAUCAAGGAACUGCAGGUACAGCGUUAUUAGUUAAGAAAGAUAUUUUCUACCCAUGUCCCAAUGAGACACAGACAGGCAUAAAGUCCCCUCUUCAGUAAUCAGACAAUCUGAUUAUGAUAUUUCAGCUGCACAAGGCAAGAUGUGAGAAAGGUGACCAAACUUUACCGUCCUAAAUUUCAAUAUGUGGCUGUCGCGUGGGAAGUUUCCCGAUCCCGCGAGUGAUACAAGCUGUUUUUUUCUUUCUGUGUUUUCACUAGGAGCUACUAACACACACAUAUGCCCGGUGCAGCUAAAAAGAAAAAUUACACAAAUGCCGUUGACUCUUUUCAAACCUGGGUAUCCUGGUUUUUAAAUGCACCUUAGCACAAAUAUCCCCAUCUUCCAUGGCCAUACGCUAUGGGACAAAGAGAGAACUUGCACUGAAACUUGCUCCUGCACAGUGAGAGAGGAAUCUGAAAGGAUUUGAAGUGUGUAGGUUGAACCCUUGAGUGUGUUGUCUGUGGCGUACUGUACAGUAGUAGCUAAACAGUCUGUAUCUAUCUCUUUAUCUAUCUAUCUCUUUCCUAGACCAGUUUACAGUCCAUAAGUGACUGCUAUAGGCACUCUUGGCUUACAAUUUUUGGAUUGGAUUUGUUUUAAUUUCCACAGAAGAAGUCCCAUUGUUGUUAGUUUUUUUUUCUUCCUCUGUCAAUGUUAAUAUUUCUUUUUAAUUUUCUUUUUAUUGAGCCUAUAUUGUUAUUGGUAGUCACUAUUGAUGAUGUAGUUUUUGCAUAGAAAAAGGAACACUUCUUUCAUCAGGUGAAAAUACUAAGCUGUUAUACAAAUCAUUCAUUUACAGUGGCAGCCAUUGUAGGAAUAAUCCUACAUCAGUCAUUUUUUCCAGCGUUGGUGUGGCCGACAGUUCCGUCUUUGCAAACAAGAACGCAACUGUUUUCUUUUGUGUAGUUCACUGUACAGAAAAAAAAACGCAAGUUGAUUCUACAAUGGCUCCAUCUGUAAGUUAGUAGGUGUUGGGGGUUUAUAGCUUUUCCCCUUCUGUAAAUACCAAGGGGCAGUAUUUGAUUUGGGUACAUUCAGCCAGACCAAUGGUAAAAAGCAGCUACUGGUCGGGUGACACUCCCGACAAAAUCAGCCAGACUGUCUACUCGUCUGAGUGUCCAGAUCCCUUCCAGGCGCUGUGAUAUGUGGCAGCUGGCUGCAGACGAAUCCGAGCCAGGAAAGGACAGUUUGGACAUGUCUUUCCCACAGUUACCACAUUGCUUCCCUCUCAGUCCAAAUGAGAGCUGGAAGCUAAAAAGGAAGCCCAAAGGGCUCGAAAAUGCAAUUAAAAGGCAUGCAAAUGCAAGUUUUAGACUGUGAACCCACUCCACCUUAAAUUCCCUAAAAAUCGGUGGGAACUGGGCUUCUAUCAUCACUCGGGCUAAUUACAGUGAGUUUUUUUGGCAAUGCAACUCCAACUAAAAAUAGUUCUAAACAUUCAAAAAAAAACAUAACUUGAAAUGUUGCGUAUUGUCGGACUUUGUAAGACCUUAAUGUGAUGCCUGGAAUUCAAACCAAAAAACAAUCAAGAAUGAAGAGAGUAGUAAACUAAACUUUGGAUGGAGUAUAAGCUGUGAAAUUGGGCACCAUAUAAUAUAAGUUGUAUAUGAAAAUAACACUGGGAGGUUGUGUCUGACACCCCUAAAACCUGUACUUACAUCCAACUUACGUCGAUGCAUUUAGAGCUCAUUUAAAAUGUCUUUAGAUGGCCAUGAUAUUGUUGACGUGAGCCUUUAACAACUGAAAGCAGACUAUUUAACAAGUAUGACAUUACUGUUGCAUUCACUUUAAUAUGUCUGUGUAACGUGUGUGUGUCACCAGUGUCCCGUCUCCUAUAGAUGCAGUAAUCCAGUGUUGGGAAAUGUAGACUUUUAACUGUGGUAGCAAACAAAAUUGAUGUUUUUUGUCCAGCUUGAAAGGCCAUUAGAUCAGUUCUUUGCCACACAGGAUGGAAAAUCCCAACUUAACUGCCUUGGUUUUCCACAAUCAAAGGCAAGCGUACAGACAGGGUGAGUCAAAGUGAGUUUUAUCGCACCUUAUUUGUAUAUUGACUUUAUAUCAAAUGAUGAGGCCAAAAAGAAAACACUGCCAUGUUUUUUUUUAAUUCAGGGUCCUCAUUGGCUUCCAAAAAAAUCUGAAUACUGUCAAAACCCUAAGGCUUUCAGCUUUAAGUGCUUCUGUUUGCCCCUAAAAGCAGAAGUAUUAAAAUAGAUCAAAAUAUUCAUACUAAACUUUUCAUUCAUGUCAUAUAUACAGUUAUGCAGGAAUUUGACCAACAGGGCCUCAUUUUUGUGUCCUCUAAGAUUUUGAUUAUUACUUUUGUCGAUUUAUUUGAUUUCUUCAGAUAGAAUAGAGUAUCAUUAAAGACGGGAUUUGUGAAACCAAAUCCACAGCAGACAUCUAUUUUCAUACAGUGACAAACUUUUCCUAAAUGAGUCGUCUUUGUACAGCCGAGCUCCCAUCGCAGACGUCCCGUUUUCAUACACAAAGCUUCAUUUUAAUCUUCGACUUUUUGUACAGAUCUGGUUCUAGAUUCCCCUUAAGGAUCUUUGCACUAAGAAAAAGGAAAAUAUUGCUGAAAGGAAAGACCUGUCAGCACUUUCCAGCCAGAACAACCGCGUCAGAAGCAUGUAAAAAAUAAGGAUUCAUAGCAUUUAGAAAACAGGAACAGUUAAAUAAAACACAGCUGAUCUUGUUCAUAACUCUCACGAUUGAAUACAAUCUUUUCCUGAGUGCUGAGAUCCUUUUUUUGGGGGGGGGGGGGGGGGGGGAAUCAUGGACCACAAAUAAUAACUAAUAUCAUCAUUUAUUGGUUUAUUCUGCCUCUGUGUGUAUAUCUCCAGUAUGUACCAGUCCUCCUGCCUUCUUACACUCCCCUUCAUUUAGCCUAAACCUUCCCUUGAUCUAAGCUAACCGAUUUUUCUUAGAUAACAAUGAAUUUGCAAGAGAAUCGAAGCAUUAGCGAUGCACAAGUUUUUACCGCCGAAUGUUAAAUACAUAUGUGAAAGUCACCUGCGGGUGAAUGUAACCGUUUCUGAAGAUUUAUUUUUUAGGAUGAGAAAAAUUGCUUUCUUGUUUUUCUUUUGUCUUUUGGUGACUUCUGUCAGUUUCUUGUUUGAGUUUAUUUUUGAUUGUGUGUCUGUCACGUUUGCCUUUUUGUAUUCCAAAUCUAGUGUAUUUGAACCUCUGUUGUUGGACUAUCAAUCAAGAAAAAAAAAGCUACGAUUUGUUACGUGCAAUACUUUGUAGAAAACUUUUUUAUUUUUCUUGUUUUACCAAGAAGUGGUACUAAUCUUUGGAACACUUCAAGUCGAUAGCCUGUGAAUUCUUGAUGAAGGAAAUUUUGGGUCCAUUCAAAUUAAAAAACCCGCCCCAGAAGGCUCUGCAGUGUGGAACUAAAAACCAAACUUCUGCUCCAACAAAGAUCUUGUGAUUUGAAAUGCACUGAGAAUGAUGAAGACGUUGUCACGUUAAACUGAAGCGAAAUGCUACUUUUUUUGUAUUGUUGUGACGCACUGCUAUGUUGUGAGUUUGUGAAGGGGAUGAAACACAGUAACACUGCCACUAAGCCCACCUUCCUCCUAUCUGCCUAUGUUUAUCUCAAUACUGCAAAAGCCUCCAAAGUCCACCAUUUCUAAUCUACUAACACAUCAGCGAUACUUCAACUGAAUCUAACCAGUCCCCUAUAAGGCUUGUAUGUGGUAUUUGUAAUGGAACAAAUACCUUUUUGGCUGCUUUUGGGAAACCUUCCCCACAGCAGCAGCAAAAGCAGUACACAUAAAACCAGAUUACACCAUAUCAGAUGUGGGCUUUCCUUUUAAAACCGUGUAUGCAAUUUCUACAUUCUGCUUUUAUCAGCCAUUUCUGUCUAAAUCCAACUCCACUUCACCAAAACCCUGCAACCUUAGUGCUUUAUCAAAGAAAUAUAAGAACCAAACUACAUCUACACAGGAACAGAUAACCUGAUUGGAAAUCCCAUGUUGCCUACAUCCUGUUUGUAUGUGUGUAUUACUGGUGUGAAAACAACAUACCAUAUCUGCAGAAUUCCGGAUCUGAUUCUGGUUCUGCGAUGCAACAUUGGACCACUCAAAUGUGACCUUCGGGCUAUAGAGGUGACACAAAACGACGACUGUAUGGCUGCGAAGGAACACAAAUGGGGCUCCAUUUCCUUAAUGCAAGGAUCGUCUUGGUUCUUUGGUUGAACGUUUGAAAAACUUACUCGGAGAACCAUAUCUAGCAUAUGAUGUAACCCAAGUUACAGUUUUGGGCGUUCAUAGCUUUUAUUCAACAUUUGACUUGUGGGGACUGUUGAGGCUGUACAAUCAUCCUUCCUCCUUUAGCUUAAACACUGGGAAUCUCAGCACUAAGUCCUCUGGGAAAUGGAGUCCCACUCAUCCUUCCCAUCCUCUCUGUCGCCUGAUUCCUUCUGACACUCUUUCCUGCAUUAUACUGUAUGCCAGCCCUUCCUUUUUGAGAAUGUACAUGAGAAAAUGUUUUUUUAAUUCUUGGUGAAG